AUGCCCGAAUGCAGGAUAAUUUUGGACACCCCAGGUGUUAUAAGUGCCGGUGGUAUAAUUACAGGAAAAGUAAUCUGCAAUUUUUCUUCGGACGUACCGAUUAGAGAAAUAAGAUGCAAUUUUAAAGGUAAGGAAAAAACUCGUAUCAGACGAGGAAAACACACAUAUUUCGGCAAAAAUGUCCUCGUCGAUCAAACGCAAAUAGUAGCCGAAGAAGGUACAGUACCCAAAGGUAUCUACGAAUUUAAUUUUACCUUCGACGUACCCAGACAGAUACCCAGCUCAUUUUCCGGAAAAUCCGGAUGGGUUUUUUACUAUGUAAAAGCAAUUGUCGAUAGACCAUUAAUGAUCGAUUACAAACACAAAAUUACCCUCGAAAUGUCGUCCCCUCUAGACUUUAACAUGAUGCGAGAAAAAUUGCAAUUGACUCCUGUGGUAUACGAAAAAGACAAAACCCUAUGCUGCUGUUGCUGCGCAAGCGAACCCAUAACGAUGAGUUUACACCUCGAAAAAGAAGCUUUUGUAGUCGGCGAAACGGCCAGAAUCGUAGUGGAAAUCGUAAAUAUGUCCAACACCAACGUCGAGGAAUUGGAAGUAUCUCUAACGAGGAUAAUCGAAUGCUUUUCGGAGAAAAAAGGAAUGCGUUCUGAGAAAGUGAAAGAUGUACUAGGCGUGGAAAGGGGAUCAGGAAUAGGAGCCCACGGUCGCGGAACCUACAGGAUCAAUUUCCUGAUACCCCCGACGAUAGAAGUGCACAAUUUCGACAAUUGUCAACUGAUCAAAGAGCAAUUCAGAUUCACCGCCGAAGCAAUGCUGCCUGAUAUACACAGGAAUUUCUCCACGUACGCUGUGGUUACUUUAGGACAUAUUCCUUUAACGAACGCCCAGAACGUCCCGCCUGAAUAUUUGGGCAUUCAAGUUCACGACGCGGAAAGAUUACCCCACGUUUCCGAUAACUCCUGUGUUAUAGUUUGA